AUGGCUCCCCGCACAGUCACGCCAGUCAAUAAGAACUGGCAGUUCAAGCAGGAAAAGGAAGACGACGAGUGUUAUCUACCCGUCGCUCAAUUUCCUACCAACGUUCAUCUCGAUCUCUUGCAUCACAAAAAGAUUCCUGAUCCGUACAUUGGGAAGAAUGAGUUGCAGGUUCAAUGGAUCGGAGAGACUGUCUGGGUCUACAAGACCACCUUUUCUAGCCCGAAAGUUGGUGAUGACGAGAAGGCAGUAUUGGCCUUUGAUGGACUCGACACUUUUGCUACCGUUGAACUGAAUGGUGAGAAGAUUCUUGAGACGGAGAAUAUGUUUAUUCCUGAGCGUGUGGAUGUCACGAAGCAUCUCAAGAAAGAUGGCGAGAAUGAACUUCGCAUCACUUUUGAUGCUGCUUAUCUUAGAGGCUGGAAGUUGGCGGAAGAACACCCUGAUCACAAGUACAUCGUCUGGAAUGGAGAUGGCUCGAGACUGCCUGUUCGAAAGGCACAAUACCACUGGGGCUGGGACUGGGGUCCUGCUAUGCUCACAUGCGGUCCUUGGAGACCUGUAAAUCUCGAAGUCUACGAGUCUCGUAUCGUUGAUCUCAACUCCGAAUUUGAAGUGGAAGACUCUCUCAAAACAGCAAAGGUCACUGUUCACGCAGCAGUCGAAGGGAAAGCAUCAAAAGUACGGUUCGAUGUUUCUCUGGAUGGAAAGGGGGUUGCGUCCGAAACCGCAAAGGUAAAGGACGAACAUGCAACUACCACAUUCCACAUCCAAGAUCCCGCUCUGUGGUAUCCAAUCAGAUAUGGAAAGCAGCCUUUGUAUACGAUAAAGGCAAGUCUUCUUGAUGAAGACGACGAAAUCGAUUCGAGUUCCAAGAGAAUCGGCCUCCGAAAACUCGAGCUCGUUGAACGAGAGCUUGAUGGACAGCCUGGCACCAGCUUUUUCUUCAGAGUCAACAACAUCCCAAUUUUCUGCGGCGGCAGCAACUGGAUCCCAGCAGACAACUUCAUCCCUCGAAUUUCCAAAGACAGGUAUAGAGACUGGGUCAAGCUUGUCGCUGAUGGGAAUCAGUUCAUGCUUCGAGUUUGGGGUGGUGGCAUUUACGAAGAAGACGUUUUCUACGACGCUUGCGAUGAAUUCGGUAUUCUUGUUUGGCAAGAUUUCAUGUUCGCCUGCGGAAACUACCCGGCCUAUCCCGAAUUCCUCAAGUCUAUUGACAGAGAGGCUCGAGAGAACAUCAAGCGACUGCGUCACCAUCCCUCAAUUAUCCUUUGGGCUGGAAACAACGAAGACUACCAAGUCCGCGAGUCGGAGAAUCUCACUUAUGACUUUGAUGACCAUGACCCAGAAAGCUGGUUGAAGACUGACUUCCCAGCACGAUACAUCUACGAAAAGGUUCUUCCAGAAGCCUGCAAGGAUCUGCAUACUAAUGCUAUCUACCACAUUGCCAGCCCGUGGGGUGGGAAGCUCACCAGCGAUCCCACGAUCGGAGAUAUUCACCAGUGGAAUGUUUGGCAUGGCUCCCAGCAGAGAUACCAAGACUUCGAUAAGCUUGUCGGCCGUUUUGUUUCUGAAUUUGGUAUGGAGGGUUUUCCCAGUAUCAAGACCAUUGAUGCGUACCUUCCAAAGGGCAAAGACGACCCUGAGCGAUUUGCAAGCUCGUCCACGGUUGACUUCCACAACAAGGCCGAUGGACAGUUGCGUCGACUGGGUCUUUACAUGGCAGAAAACUUCCGAUUUACCAUCGAUCCUUUGGAGGACUAUAUCUACUACAGUCAGCUACUGCAAGCUGAAGCGUUGGCCUCGGCCUAUCGACUUUGGAAGCGACAAUGGCAGGGGCCCAAGAAGGAGUACUGCAGUGGCGUCCUAGUAUGGCAGACCAACGACUGUUGGCCUGUCACCUCGUGGGCUAUCUGUGAUUACUACCUCCGACCCAAGCACUCAUACUACACCAUCAAGCGAGAGAUGGCGCCCGUCACCAUCGGAAUGACGCGCCGAGAACACAAGCACCCCAAGAACAAGUACACCAGAGUCGACGUCGACACCAAGACUCAAGUCGAGAUUUGGGGAAGCAACCUCAACUUGGAAGACGUGACUGUGGACUGUGUAGUCAAAGCUUGGAAUGUCGAGACUGGAAAGGAAACCUACUCUCAAACAGUGCAUUCGGACUUUGUUCUCCAAAGCAACCGCUCAACAGAGAUCAAGACUUUGGAUGUACCAGUUGAGAAGCCCAACGCUGACCUCGAAGCAAAGACUGUCGUCGCUGCCUACCUGUACCAAGAUGGCAAGCAGAUUGCGCGAUAUGUCAACUGGCCUGAACCACUGAAGUAUCUGCACUUCCAGAAGCCAAAGAGCCUCAAAGUCGAGGUCAAUGAAUCUUCUAAGACUGUGGAGGUUAGUGCCGAGGUUCCUAUCAAAGGUCUGGCUCUCGAAUGCGAGGACGACGAGGUCAGGUUCGAGGAUAAUCUGGUUGACAUUGUUCCUGGUGAGGUUGUCAAGUUUGGUGUUCAUGGUGCAAAGAAGGACACUGCCAUCAAGACGCAGUAUCUGGGUAUGCAGGUUCAUUCUUAG